GCCACAAACAGCUUGGUUGCGUUUCAAACGGCUGCAAUGACGCCAUGUUUGCGUUUGACUUCGAUGCCUUGGAGUUGGCUUCGGCCGGGCCAAAGAAGGAGGCGAAGGUGUCACCUCGGGAGACAAAGUGCUCGGAGACACAGCGGCCAGGACCUUGCGAUUCAGCGCCGGCUUUGCCGAGCCCAGCGAAAGGACCAUGCGCUGCGGCUCGUGCUGUACCGAGCCCGUCGACCGAAGGAGGUGAUCGUGGCAAAGAUCCACGAGUUAUAGACAGUACGCGGCAGAGGCUCCAGCGCUGGGAGCACACUUGCGGGAGGUUGGUGGACAUGGUGCGAGAAAUGAGCCACGAGUUCGUGGCAGGGCAGGGCUACAUGGAGGGCAUGCAGCACCUCAUCGAGAACACCCCCCGAGACCACGUGGGCCGCCGCUACCGCCUGGACGACUUUGCAGGCCCACUGCUCCGGGACCACUUCAUCCAGUGGACUUCCUCACAUUCGCGGGCGGAAGCCUUUCGGAAGGUGAUUUUGCGGCUGGAGAUGAAGGUGGUGGUGGCCACGAAGCACCUGGACCUGCGCCACGACUGGACUCUGCAGCCGGGCGCCUGGGAUGAGGACACGGUGCGCAUGGCGGAGCAGCUGGGCGCCACACGGCUCCCGCCCUUCGACGGCUUCACCCACAUGAAGCGGGGCUUGCUCUUUGUGGGUUUGCCCCUCCGGCUGUACUUGGCGGACAGCCCUCACCUCUAUGAGCUGAUUCGCCGCAUGCGGGGCCUAGAUGCUCCCAGUGCGAGCCCAGUGCGGGAGCGGUUGGAUGGCGCUGGGUUGUCCUACUCAGUGCUGGUCUUCGCACUCUUGGGGGGCCUGCAGGCGCUGCAUGCGGCGCGCCUGUCGGGCAAGCGCGGAGGCAGAGGCGCCCAGGGGCUGGACGGGUUGAUGGCGACGGCUCGGAGAAGCGAGGGAGCACCGGGACCGGGAGGAGCAGCUUUUGAGGUGAAGGAGGUGGACGACAACCCUCUGAUCUUCCGAGGGAUUUGGGUGCCCCAGCGCAUCGAUGAGGUGACCGCUAGCUACACCUGGACCUUCAACUCCUUCUCCCGCAGCAUGGAUGGGGUGUCCUGGGUGCUGGACUUCUAUGCCGUUGAGCCCACAGGGAACGUAGAGGUGGCCCAACUCGCCUGGCAAGAGUCCCACGUCUUGCUCUACGUGGCGCGCUUUCACGGGGAGAGCAGCACCUGGGCCUUUCCGGUGCAGUUCUUCAACUCGGGCCUGGCCGCGGACGUGGAGAAGGAACUUGUGGUGCUGCCGUUUGUGCACUAUGAGUAUGAGAAGAUCCAGGGUGAGCUCUUCGAAGUGCGGAGCAGCAUGCCGAGAGGCAUGCAGAGAUCGGCUCUUUGGCAGAUGGAGCACAGAUGGGGCGUCUCCUUCGCGGAACAUGCGCCGCAGAUGCUUGAGCUGCUGGAGGGUGGAGGCCUACGGGACUACGGCGGGCUGAACCGCAAGCUGAAGGUCACGGUGCGCUUCAUCAAGGAGAUCAAGCCGUGCAAGCCCAUCUUGGACCUGAUGGCGGCCGGGCUUGGGCCGCCUGAGAACCUUUUGCUGGCGUUUCCUCCCCGAGACCCAGAAGCCACAGAUGUGAAAAGCGUCUUUGGAGCUGGCUUUCACGAGCUAAACAAGCUGGUUCAACGGGGGUGAAGCCGGGGGAGCUGAAGCCGCUGGGCACCUUCGUGCCAGGCCAGAAGAUUAUUGGAGGCGACUACUCCCUGGAAGAACGGCUGGCGAAGUGAGUGCGGCCACGGCCGAGGAGGUCCUGUUUCCAAUCUUCCGCUCGAUUUCUGUCGGCCCAAGA